AUCUGCCCUACACAGGUUAGCGCCGCGCGCAAAGCAGUCCCGCAGCACCCAGGCGCCUCCUGGCGGCGCAGCGAAGGGGCGGGGCUGUCGGCUGCGCGUUGCGCGCUGUCCCAGGUCCGAAACCAGUGCCCCAGGCGGCGAGGAGAGCGGUGCCUGGCAGGGAUGCUGCGGGCGGGAGCACCAACCGGGGACUUACCCCGGGCAGAAGUCCACACCGGGACCACCAUCAUGGCAGUGGAGUUUGACGGGGGCGUUGUGAUGGGUUCUGAUUCCCGAGUGUCUGCAGGCGAGGCGGUGGUGAACCGAGUGUUUGACAAGCUGUCCCCCCUGCACGAGCGCAUCUACUGUGCACUCUCUGGUUCAGCUGCUGAUGCCCAAGCCGUGGCCGACAUGGCCGCCUACCAGCUGGAGCUCCAUGGGAUAGAACUGGAGGAACCUCCACUUGUUUUGGCUGCUGCAAAUGUGGUGAGAAAUAUCAGUUAUAAAUAUCGAGAGGACUUGUCUGCACAUCUCAUGGUAGCUGGCUGGGACCAACGUGAAGGGGGUCAGGUAUAUGGAACCCUGGGAGGAAUGCUGACUCGACAGCCUUUUGCCAUUGGUGGCUCCGGCAGCACCUUUAUCUAUGGUUAUGUGGAUGCAGCAUAUAAGCCAGGCAUGUCUCCCGAGGAGUGCAGGCGCUUCACCACAGACGCUAUUGCUCUGGCCAUGAGCCGGGAUGGCUCAAGCGGGGGUGUCAUCUACCUGGUCACUAUUACAGCUGCUGGUGUGGACCAUCGAGUCAUCUUGGGCAAUGAACUACCAAAAUUCUAUGAUGAGUGAACCUUCCCCAGACUUCUCUUUCUUAUUUUGUAAUAAACUCUCUAGGACCAAAA